GCAGCCGGAGGCCACCAGGGGCACCCACGCCCUCCCACCUGGGGAGCCCAGACCCCUAUUCCCACGUCACCUCGGCCCCAAGCCCAGGCCUGCCCACUCUUGGUGGGCCCACGUGGGACAUGGCCGGCCCCCAGUUCCGCUGCACGCCCCCCACCCCCGUGGACCUGAUCUUCCUGGUGGAUGGGUCCUGGAGCAUCGGCCACAGUCACUUCCGGCAGGUGAAAGACUUCCUGGCCAGCAUCAUCAAGCCCUUCGAGAUCGGGCCGGAUAAAGUCCAAGUAGGCCUGACCCAGUACAGUGGAGACCCCCAGACCGAGUGGGACCUGAACACCUUCCACACCAAGGAGGAGGUGCUGGCGGCCGUGCACAGUCUCCGCUACAAAGGGGGGAACACGUUCACAGGCCUGGCCCUGACCCACGUGCUGCGACAGAGCCUGAGGCCUGCAGCAGGUCCCCGUCCGGAGGCCGCCAAAGUCGUGAUCCUAGUGACAGAUGGCAAGUCCCAGGACGAUGCCCAUGCUGCUGGCCGUGUCCUCAAGGACCUGGAUGUGGACGUCUUUGCUGUGGGCGUGAAGAAUGCUGACGAGGCCGAGCUGAGGCUCCUGGCGUCCCAGCCGCUGGACGUCACUGUCCACAGCGUGCCGGACUUCCCCCAGCUCGGCAUGCUGGCAGGCCUGCUCAGCCGCCUCAUCUGUCAGAAGGUCCAGGGCAGGAGCCAACGGAGGGGCCCAGUAUCACCAGCAGCAGCCGCCCCGGCCCUGGACCCCCUCUCCGCUCCCACCAGCCUGGUCCUGACCCAGGUGACCUUCUCCAGUGUCCGCCUGUCCUGGACUCCAGCCCCUCAGCUGCCCCUCAAGUACCUGGUCACGUGGCGGCCUUCCAGGGGUGGUGCCCCCAGGGAGGUGGUGGUGGAGGGGCCCAGCGCAUCUGCGGAGCUGCACAAUCUGACCUCCAGCACGGAGUACCUGGUGUCCGUGGCCCCCGUCUACGAGGCGGGGGUCGGAGAGGGCUUGCGGGGCCUGGUGACCACAGGACCUCUGCCCCCACCCCAGGGGCUCACCCUCGCCACAGUGACGCCCAGAACCAUCCGCCUCACCUGGCAGCCCUCAGCCGGGGCCACCCAGUACCUGGUGCGGUGCUCCCCUGCUUCCCCCAAGGGCGAGGAGGAUGGCAUGGAGGUGCGGGUGGGGCUCCCAGAGGUGCUGCUGGACGGCCUGGAGCCGGGCAGGGACUACAGCGUCUGGGUGCGGAGCCUGCGAGGGUCGGAGGCCAGUGAGGCCCGGGGCAUCCGUGCGAAGACCCGCCCCCCGGGCCCCCCCAAACACCUGGGCUUCUCAGACGUGAGCCACGACUCAGCCCGCGUGUUCUGGGAGGGCACCCCGAGGCCUGUGCGCCCAUGCAGGGUCAGCUACGUGUCCGGCGAGGGCGGCCACUCGGGGCAGACGGAGGCUCCUGGGAACGCCACCUCGGCCAUCCUGGGCCCCCUCGCCUCCUCCACCACGUACACCGUCCACGUCACCUGCCUCCACCCCGGGGGCCGCUCCUCCAGGAUGACCGGCCGCCUGACCACACGGAAAGUCCCCAGCCCGAGCCAGCUGUCAGUGACAGAGCUCCCUGGGGACAAGGUCCGGCUGGAGUGGGCAGCGGCGGCGGCCUCUGGCGUGCUCGUCUACCAGAUCAAGUGGCUGCCCCUUGGGGACGGGAAGGCCCAUGAGAUCUCCGUGCCAGGGAACCUGGGCACGGCCGUCCUGCCUGGCCUGGGGAGGCACUCGGAGUACGAGAUCACCAUCCUGGCCUACUACGGGGACGGGGCCCGCAGCGAGCCCGUGUCCCUCCGCUACACCCCCCUUCGCUGGAGCCCGCCCUCCGGCCUAGCCCUGGAUUCCGAGUCGCCCAACAGCCUGCGGGUCAGCUGGACACCUCCGAGUGGCCAUGUCCUCUACUACCGGGUCACCUAUGUGCUGGCCUCGGGCUCGGGACCCGAGAAAUCGGUCUCCAUUCCGGGACCCAGGAGCCAGGCGACACUCCUCGACCUACUGGCAGCCACCAAGUACAGGGUCCUGGUCUCCGCAGUCUACGAGGCAGGGGAGAGUGUGGCGGUGUCGGCCACGGGCCGGACAGCAGCCUGCCCGGCCCUCCACCCGAACAGCUCCGUCGCAGGCUUUGACCUGAUGGCGGCCUUUGGCCUGGCACAGAAGGAGUACGCCUCCAUCCGCGGUGUCGCCAUGGAGCCCUCAGCCUUGGGCCCGGCCAUGACCUUCACACUCUUCAAGGACGCUCAGCUGACGCGCCGGGCCAGCGACAUCCACCUGGCCGCCCUCCCCACGGAGCACACGGUGGUCUUCCUCCUGCGCCUGCUCCCCGAGACGCCCCGCGAGGCCUUCGCGCUGUGGCAGAUGACGGCCGAGGACUUCCAGCCCGUCCUGGGGGUCCUGCUGGACGCCAGCAGGAGGUCGCUGACCUACUUCAGCCACCACCCUAGGGCGGCCUUGCAGGAGGUGACCUUUGACCUGCCCGAAGUGAGGAGGAUAUUCUACGGGAGCUUCCAUAAGGUGCAUGUGGCCGUGGGCCACUCCAAGGUCCGGCUCUAUGUGGACUGCCAGAAGGUGGCCGAGAGGCCCAUCGGGGAGGCUGGCAGCCCCCCUGCCACUGGCUUCGUCACGCUGGGGAGGCUGGCCAAGGCCCGGGGCCCACGGAGCAGCUCGGCGGCGCUGCAGCUGCAGAUGCUGCAGAUCGUCUGCAGCGACACCUGGGCGGAGGAGGACAGGUGCUGUGAGCUCCCUGCACUGAUGGACGGAGAGGCCUGCCCGACCCCGCCUUCCGCCUGCACCUGCCCCCCACAGGCCCCCGGGCCCCCGGGGCCCCAAGGCCCUCCGGGCCUGCCAGGGAGAGGCGGCGCCCCAGGACAGCAGGGCUUCCCAGGGCCCAGGGGAGAGCCUGGGCCGCCCGGACAGAUGGGACCCGAGGGCCCUGGAGGUCAGCAGGGGUCACCAGGGACCCAGGGCCGAACCGUCCAGGGACCCAUGGGUCCGCCAGGGGUCAAAGGACAGAAGGGGGACCAUGGACUCCCAGGCCUGCAGGUAGCGGGGUCCGACCACGCCCAGGCACGGGGCGGGGGCCUUGGGGCAGGGCCUCCCGCUCCAGGUCAGGCUCGGCCCCACCUGGCCAGCGCCUCUGUUCUCUUCCAGGGCACCCCUGGGAGGGUCGGCCUCCAGGGACCAAAGGGAAUGAGAGGCCUGGAGGGUGCUGCUGGCUUACCCGGACCCCCGGGCCCCAGGGGCUUCCAGGGCGUGGCAGGGGCCAGGGGCACUGGCGGGGAGCGAGGACCCGCAGGGGCUGUGGGGCCCACGGGGCUGCCGGGGCCCAAAGGGGAGCGAGGAGAGAAGGGCGAGCCACAGUCCCUGGCCACCAUCUAUCAGCUCGUGAGCCAGGCCUGCGAGUCCGCCAUUCAGAUAUACCUGCUGAAGUCCAGCCCCUUCCCGCACGUGAGCACCAGGCCCCCCAGGCCCAUCUUGGAGGCCCCCGCACCCCCCAGCAUGCACAGCGAGGCCGGUCUUCCCCGCUCUGAGGACAGAGGUGAGCCCGGAGCCCACGGUCGGGCGAGCCCGCCCCCCAGACGCCUCGGAGGAGUAGCUGGCCUCGCCGGACACGGGCUGGGUCCACAGCGCCAGGCGGGCUGACCGGGUGUCACCUCCAGAGCUGCCCGCCUUCUGUCCUGCCGGGGCGAUGCCCACGUGACCCGCACGACCCGCCCUUCGUCCCGGAGUCCUGAACGCCAGGAACCACGGAGCUGGAGGAGCCAGAGAGCCGGGGGGCGGGAUCUGGGGAGACGGGGCAGGGAGGUCAGGCCGGGGGACCCCUCCCGUGUGCCAUGCCCGCGUCAGGAUAAAGCCAGUGCCUGGCAAACGAGAUGCGGCUCCUUAUGGGAGGGGAGGGCGCGUCCUGGGCUGAGCGAUUCCUGUCGAGCGGGGUCGAUUCCUGCGUCCCAGAGAGAAGCCACCGCGUCUCCACGGCCUCGAGGGCCCCGCGGUCACCGUUACCUGGGGCUCCCUCCCUCGAGGCCUCCGCAGCCCCCAGCCCUGGCCCCCCAGCCCUGGCCCGUGGAGCUCAGGCCCCAUCCAGGCCAGGGGUCCUCAGCCCCUGCUGCACUGAGUCACCUGGCUGGGGGUGG